GGCCGUGGUUCGCCCCGCCGCUGCCCUGGUGUGCGGGAAGGGGCAGGCCCGGUUCCCCGGGGCUGGGGCCGGUGCGGGGCUGCCGGGCUCUCCGCUGCCCCGGGGGCGCUGUGCGGGGCCGGCGCUCAGGAGCCGGGCGCGUCCCGCCCCUUCCUCCGCGCCGCGCCGAGAGCCGGGAGCCGCCGCCGCGCUCCGCCAUGCCGAAACACGAGUUCUUUGUGGACAUGACCUGUGAAGGCUGCUCCAAUGCCGUCACCCGCGUCCUGCACAAGCUGGGAGGUGUUCAGUUUGAUAUUGACCUGCCCAACAAGAAAGUGUGCAUUGACUCGGAGCACAACGUUGACACCUUAUUGGAAACCCUAAAGAAGACUGGAAAGAACGCUUCCUACCUUGGGGAGAAGUCUGUGCAGUAGCCUUGCCUGGUGUGAGGCAGCUAGGAACUCAAACAUGACUUCAGCAAAAAGAUGGCUUAACUUUUACAUAUCUCCCAGCUUGCUCUGUCAUUUGACCUUUACUACCCUGCCAGCUGUUGGAAAGCAGGGGGCUGGCAGGAAGAGACCACUGUAUCUUGGGCUUUAAAAGCAGAGAGAUGUAGAGAAGGAGGUUAUAUACUGUUUCUAGUCCCACAGUAAAUCAAGGUGCUGCUUCUAUCUUUCAGUGCA